UUAUGCGGUCAACCUGUGUUUCAUUUUAUUCACAAGGAACGCCUUGUAUUUUCGAUAAUGCUUUACCAGAUUUCUACACUUUCAUCACUAAAUUGUCGUAUUUUUACAAAAUAUCAUGUGUUUAUGCGGCCUUGGUAUAGGUACACCUCUCAAAGGGUCCGAAUUAAGGCCAAAGGAAGGCAAGACGCAUCUUAUACACGAUUCAACGCUUUCUACAACAAACUUUUCGGCCAUGAAUGGCCAAAGUUAUCCAGUGCUCUUAUGCAAUCAAAACAAAACUGUGCCGUGCUGAACAAGUUCACAGAUACUCAAAAAUCCAUUGACAACUUUAAUCUUCUCGGUCACAGAGAACUAGAUCUCGGAACGAUCAGCUGGGCUGAUAAGGGAAAUGGAGCGGAUUCAAUCAAACUAAGCUUGCCCUCUUUAGAUGGAAAAUAUCAUAAAGGAUUCCUAAGUUCUUUUCUUUUGAGUAAUCCCAGGGUAUUUCCAGAACCUCCAGUUAUGCCAAAUGGUCUUCUUGGUUAUUAUUUACUGGACGCUGCAUCUCUUUUACCAGUUAUUUGCCUUGAUGUAGGCCCUGACAGCACUGUGCUUGACAUGUGUGCAUCCCCAGGGGGUAAAACGGUGGCAAUGAUGCAGCUACUGUCAGAAAGAGGAGGUCUGGUUGCCAAUGAGCCAACUCAGUCCAGGAGAAGAAAGCUAAGGAAGGUAAUACAAGAGUACAUCCCUGAAGGCCAGACAAACAUAACUAUCCGGGGGAUGGAUGGCACAAAGUUUGGGGGAUUAGAGCCGUGUUCAUAUGAUCGCAUACUUGUAGAUGCCCCAUGUUCUACCGACAGGCACUGCCUAAGGUCAGGCUUCCAGACUGAUAGCUGGUCUGAGAAGAAAUCUCAGAAGUUUUCCCAGCUUCAAAAUAAGCUUGUGAUGUCUGCUUUGGGAAGUUUGACCUCUGAUGGAAGAGUUGUUUACUCCACAUGCACAAUGUCACCUUACGAAAAUGAUGGAGUCAUUCAAGGUGUCCUUGAAAACUUUAGACAUGGUGGUAAAAGUAUAAACAUUGAAAGAAUAUCUGAAGAGCAGAUUGCUGCUUGGGGAGAAAUGUUUGACAUCCGAAGGACAGAACAUGGGUUUAUAGUUUUGCCCUCGGUUGAGAAAAACUGGGGACCCCUAUACACUAGUAGCCUUGUUCUAAAGUCAUAAUAAAAAAAAAUCACGUCAAA